GAUAAAGGACAUGAGAUCAUCCUUGACCCGCUCGGAGAUUCUUGAUUUCAUUUAUUCGUCGCAUCCGAAAAUAGCGCUUUAGUGGCCAAAUCGCGCAAUAAACAAACCCAAAUUUUCACGUCUUCGUAAUUCCACUGCAAUCUUCUUCAGACUAUCCACUCGACUGUUUGUCCGCGUGGUUGACAGUUAUUGUUUUCGUAAUGACUAUGAUGAAUGACAGCAGGACAUAAUUCGAGAGCAAAACCCAAGAUACUGGAAAUUCCGCCUUUAGACAAGCGCACAGGCUCGGCUCAUCACACGGUUUGCGUAUCUUUCGCGUCUAAAUUCGCGUGGUAAACACCGUUAGACGCGUAGCCUUUGGACUGCAUAUUAUAAACCGGUCAACAGCCGGUUUAUCAUUAGAUGGACCUCUCCGGGUUGCUGUCUCCUAAGGCGAACGCGUUCUCAAUUGCACAUUUGAUAGACGCUUCACAGUUCCCUGAGUUUAUGAACAUCAACAACCGACAGACACAAUCUCCAAUUAUGUUCAACUGGGGAUCCUUCAAGCUUACGAAAGAUAUGGAAGGUGAGAGAGAAGAUAUUUCAGCACCUCAUAGGUGACUGAUAUUACUUACACCUUGGUUUUUUCGCUUCAUUGUUUUAGAGAGGCUACGUAAUGCAGGAACGGGGAAAAAGGUAGCUUUUCGGCAGAACUCCACAACGAUUAACAGCGACGCGACAAGAACGGCGUCCGAUUUUCGAAGAGUCGACGAACGAUGUUCUUCCUCGUCUACCCCUCCAAGCAGUCCGCUGUCUUGUUCUUUAGCAAACGUGAAAGUAGAAAUAGAGAUGAAGAAUUUAUGGGACGAUUUCUACGCUUUGGGCACAGAGAUGAUUGUCACAAAAGCUGGAAGGUUAGAGAUUAAGUUCUUCCGAUUUUAAUACCUAAUAAAUGGUCUUGGUGAGCAAAAUGUGGCGAGCCUUACAAAUGAAAUGAGACCCUUUCGAAUAGUAGGGAACAUGCGCUCUAAUGGAAACGUUAAACAACGAAACAUAUGUUGGAGAAUCUCCACGCUAAAUGCUGACAAUGAUUGGAGGUUAAAAAAGGCCGAUCAUAAAUUAUUCGCAAAUUGUGCGAAAAUUGUCAGGCGUUAUCUCGGUGGACGAUAUCGUAAGAGGAAAUCACUCAUUACUGGCGUGUAUGCUAGUAAAGCCAAAAAAUAACAUUGCCAUGAAUCCGUUUACUUUCAGUGAAUGAGUCUGUUUAUGCCAUUAGCCGGGGAAAAUGUUUUUGAUUUCCUAAUCAGGGUUAUCACAACAACGAUCCAUUAUGAUUCAUUCUUUUGUGUUGCCAUGUUUUGUUUUCUCUAUGAACAAACGCGAUUUGUAGGCCACGAACGCGUGUGGCCAGCAUUUGAAACAGCAAGCACAUUAUCUGCCAACAUUUUUCCCAACAAAAUUCGAAAUGAAGAGAAAACUCUAUUAUCUCGAGAGGGACAGGAAGUAACAUGAAUGCUAAGCUAAUUAAAGGUCGUAAGAUUACACGAAUAACAGAAGAACAGAAGUUUGAGCUGAUAGAGUGGAAAAGUGCUACGCACUAUUUCAAUGAGGUCCUUGUUAGUUUAGCUUCAAUUUGCUUUAAAUGCCAACGGUAUUAUCUGUUACAUUUGGGUCUUGCAAAGUAAAUCUUGUGUAGACAAUUGUCAUGGAUCGGUUGUAGACUUUUUAGAUUAGCCUCAGGGCUAAUUGUUACUAGAAUUUAUCGUCGAGACCUGCUUGACAAUUAUUUCUCAUUCUCCACAAAUCAGAAGUUUCGAAAACUUUCACACUCCCGUCAAAACUCUAACAAAUUUUCGUGUUAAUAUAGUCUCGCCUUGUUUGGAAAUUCUGUUCUCUUUUUCUGUCCUUUCUGCGGUUUUCAAACGGAAAGACCCCCAAUUUCGGCGUUUUAUUGUCGAAGAAUUAAAGUGGUUAAUUGCCUUCUAAGGAUAUUUAUCCCGUUCUCUUGGCAAACUUUCAGUCACUCAAAUAAACAUAAACCUUUUUUUUAAAAAGUUGUCUCUUAAGCUAUAAUGACUGUUUGUUUGUACAAAAAUUAUUUGCUCAAAAUUUUUGGAAAAGCAAAGGCGACCAAAGUUUACUUAAGUUAUUGUCGAGAAAGAAAGUCAAAUACUUUCGGUUACUCACAAGAAAGUAAUCUAAUAAUGGCCUUGAAUUCGACUCACACAGGGGUUGCCUCUACUCUCCUUUUAGAUUUCCAUUCUUUGAUUAAAAAGGGUGAAAACAUCAUAAGAAUUCAAUUUAACUGGCCGUCUAAGGCCUUCAGUUGCCGGAAAAACAAACGCCUUGUUUGAUAAUAUCACGUUUCAACAAAAAUUACAAGCCCUCAGCUCAAGACCGAGUGCCUAAGAAUUCCUUCUGAGGUCCUUCCCUUCUCAUUAAGGUCAUUAUGAACUACUGCGUGUUCAAGGCACAAUUCUCUCGGCCAUAAAUAAGGCCUGUGAAAGAGCUCGUACAAAUACAGGACCAAAUGGGGGCGAGUUUGGACGUAGGGACCCUUCCUAAGACGGGUUUUUUUUGGAAGAGGAAUCGGUGUUACAUUGUUUCAUCUUUUUUUUCUUUUGCAAUGAAGUUCACUUUGCAUAAAGCUGUUGAUGGAUUGACCUUUAGCUUAGUUGGGAAUUCUACAGAAAUGCGGGAGAAAUCAGCAUCGAAGAAAGUUAACCUUUUGAAUUGAAGUGAUUAGCGUGUAACUUCUCAAAAUAAACUCAAUAUGUUAUCCAGGAAAAAUGUGAUGAAAAUUGACAGAGAUUUUUUUUUUUCUCGUUGUCUGCUUUCUCGUUCUUAAUGAAACAUAGCACACACUAAAACCAAUCUCGAUCGUUAAAGAUUGACUUUGACAAGGGCGUCAUCUUGUCAUAGAUUAACUACUGUACCCUCGCUCGUCAGUUGCCCUGAACAGCACUUUGUUUUCUUUGGAGCAAGUGAGUCAGCAUUUUCAACUAUGAUUACCCUGAGAGUUGUUUUCCGGUGGAGUAUGCCUGAAAAUAGAUGGCAGUUGACCAUGAUUAAUUAAUGUUCUCGUCAGUGUCUCGGUCUUUGUAUUUCAAAGAGGAAAUCCACUGAUUUUGCUCAAACGUUAAAGUAAUCUUAAGCCAAAUCAAGUCCUGAGAUGUGACCUAUUUCAUUUGGUGAUUCGAGAUAUUUGAUUUGCUGACUAACAUUGCUCAUGCAGUUUUCCUAGUUUGGAUUGAAGAUGGAUUCUUUGAGUUAGAAGUGAAGAGGCGAUAAUAUUCAAGAUCUGUUUUUAGAUCCAUCUUUCUGAAGGCGAACAUGACGCCACUUUUGCAAAUUUGGUAAAAAUAUUUAUGUUUGUUUGUUUGUCUGUAGGGGUCAAGAAAAACCAGACAGCUACAUUACUUUGUCAUUACUGAGGAAAUUUAGUGAAAAAUUUUAGACAAUUCUUUAACGUUCGUCUGUCACGUAUUGUCUUUGGGGAAGUUAUAUCUUCCGUUAUGGCUUAUAUCUUAUUUUGCUGUGUAAAGUUGCCGCAGAAUUUUCACAGGUCAAAACACGACUGUAAUAUUCUGUAAGAGAACUUCUGAGAAGAACUUAGAAGUAGCAGCUACCCAAAUGUAGUGUUCGAAAAGUUGGUGCUCGAUUCACGAAAAAGAGGACACCUCGCACCCACUUGGCAACUCCUUCGGACAAAAUUACCGGCUAAGACUACUUAGGUAAAAGCGGAAAUGGUAUUACAAGUUACGAGAAUGUAAAGAAAACAAAAACAAAUUUGAUUAGUACCUCCCUGAGACUUCCCGUGUUUCCACAAAAAGAGUCGUCAUUUUUUGUUUACUUUCCUUACUACAAUGUAACCUCAGAUGCAGAUUACACAAUAAGUGUCGAGGGAGCCAACAGAAAAUAUUGGUUUAGUCAUCGAACACUUUACAUAACAGAAAAGAACCUCCCAAAGCGCCAAGUGGUUGGCCACCUUAGUUGCGGGAUUCCAUCAUACACCGAAAUUAGGUGUAUGACACGAAAUCGAGUCAUCCAAAUCCAAGAUGGAUUCAGUACCUUUUAUUUUUGCAUGAGCGCAUCAACUUGAAACCUCGCAUGUCUUUCUUUCCAGUUUCGUUUCAGUUCUGUCUCAUCUCGAACAACUCAGAAGACAUUCCUUUCGUAGUAUGGGAACUUCAGCAUUAGGUGUCAACAAGAGGGAGAAAUACUCAAACAAUCGUCUCGUGCUCCAGUAAACACCGCCUUUAAAUUAUUACGAAGUUCGACACAGAAAAAGAAAAUAUUAUAGCACAUAAGAUUACGGUUACUCUUGGACAGUUUUCGAACCAAUUGAUUAAGAUUUUGUGGCAUGAAAUUUAAGCGUAGUGAGCCUAACAUAUAGUAGCACUAGGGUCCAUUCACAGCCAACAUCAUUGAGACAGCCUUUCAACUAACUUGGACUACAUAGUAACCUAUGACAGUACUCAGUGUGAAAGUAAGAGUUCCAAGGGCUUCGUCUUCAUAUUGCGUCAUAAGUUUGAACAUGGGAAAACUCAUUUAAGGCUUUCAUUUAAAAAAAAAAAUGACAUGUUUCCUUCAAGACUUUGAUUUGGGAGCCACCCUGUACAGCAAGAUAACCUUUGCGACUGAAUCAAUUCGGACUGAGAACAUGAAACAGCCGAGGUAAUUUAAAACUGCAAACUUAUCAUCCCCUCCCUCUUUCAUAUUUCCUUGCCAGGCGCAUGUUUCCGCCGUUCCAAGUGCGCUUACAAGGUUUGGACCCCACGGCUAAGUAUAUCCUAAUGAUGGACUUCAUACCAGUGGACGAUAAACGCUAUCGGUACGCGUUCCACAGUUCUAAGUGGCUGGUGGCAGGCAAAGCAGACGCCAGUGUACCCGGGAGGGUACACAUUCACCCUGACUCACCCUGUACUGGACAGCAAUGGAUGAAACAAGUCGUUUCGUUCGAUAAACUUAAACUCACUAAUAAUCUGAUGGAUGACAAUGGACAUGUAAGAAGAUAUGAACAUUAUAAGUAUAUGUUUUGCUGACGAAAUUUUGAGGUUUGAAUCAUUGUUUAAGAGAGCUGGUCGCCACAGACGGAAAUACGGCGGAUUCGUAGCUUUGUACUUUUAAUAUCCAUGAUUGCGGCGUUUCUGGAAAGAUAAUUAUAAGAUGAAAUAAUUUCUUGUUCAAAAUUCUGGGUCUAUAUAGUAUCACAUAUCACUUAAGCAGGCGCCUAACACCGACAUUUUUUUAGAGGAAGGUUACAUGAAUGUUCAGGAUGUCUUUUUUAACCAAGAUUUUGUAUGAGAUGCUGGUUGUGUACUAAGCCUACAAUCAUCUUUGGACUCUAAUGUCUCAAAUCAAAGUUUUAUUCUUCGCCACUGAUCAAUUUUGACUUUUGUGUAAGCUGGGAGAGGCAAGAGAUAUAAUUUCUUGGUAUGUUAAUGACUAUGGUAAUCUUGAUAAUAAAACUGAUAAUAGUAAUAAUAAUGAUGACGAAGAUUAUAAAUCAAGAUUAUAAUGUUGAUAGUAAACAUAAUGAUGUAGUUAAUUUUUGAUGAUCAUGCCGAUGGUUGUGAUAGAUGAUAUUCUACAUCUCUCUGUUAUUUCAGAUUAUACUCAACUCUAUGCACAAGUAUCAACCACGUUUUCACGUCGUCCUUGAUAACCAAGAGAAGAGUACCAUGAUCAGCGCCCUGGGAGCGAGCACAGAACACGUUAAAACAUUUCUGUUUCCAGAAACACAAUUCAUGGCUGUGACCGCGUACCAGAAUCAUAUGGUAUGUAGAUUACAAAUUUAUUUCUCUUGAUAACUGAUGAAGAUUCCCUCUUUUUCAUUCCUGAAAUGUUCUAUGGGGACAAGGAGUGGUUUUUAUCCCGUACUAAAUACCGGAAAUGUCAGUGAUCGUCGAAAACUAAUUUCUUUUCUUAAUCGACUUCACACAAACCUUACUGUAAUCUUGAUGUCCGUUCCGAAGUCCAAAACCUACGUGCGUCGACAACAUUGUAAGGUCAAUAAUGACGAUGAUCAUUAAUUGUUAAUGCCUCUCCGCAUAAGAGAUGAAAGGAAACCUCAUGGCACUAUGUGACGUUUUUUCAAUCUGUCAGCAAAACACCGUUCAAGUUACCAACAAACGUGGCUCCACGUAAAUACUGUUGCGCUCCUCUCUUCAUAGGCAUAUGUAAUCUCUUGUUCUUAAUAAUAAUAAUAAUAAUAAUAAUAAUUUAUUACUUAUAUAGCGCAAAAUACAUGUGGAUAUGAUCUAAUGCGCUAAGUGAAACCAUACUUUGACUUUAACUGACUGAUAAAAAAGCGUAGCACUAAUAUAGAAUUAUUCACUGCGGUGAAUCGUUUCUCUAGUGUCUUCUACAACUAUUUUGAGAGCAAAAUGCUUAAACUGACAACAAAAUUGAUACAUAUAUAUUUUUCUACUUCUAAUUUGCAAUCCUUCAACUUUAAUUGUAGCAGGGCCAAAAGAUAAAGUCUUAUGCCACAAGAGGUUUUUGUUGUUACCCUUCGUUAUUCACCCUUAGUGCAUCUGUUCUCUUUUGCCUAUCUUAAAGAGGGAGCAUUUUUUAUGUGCUGGAAGGUUUAAAGCAGCCGAAAUAUUUCGAUUUAAGCGGGAAAUUAGAAUCGACGUUGAGAAAGUGCUGAACAGGUGUUUGGUGCAUAUACAUACUAAUUAUAGUUCGUAUCUGUUUUCUUAACCAGAUAACGCAAUUAAAGAUAGCGAGCAAUCCAUUUGCUAAAGGAUUUCGCGACUGUGAUCCGGACGAUUGGUAUGUUUUAAAAACAAUUGGUUUUUCCCAGCCUUUCUCCCUAGUGGAGAAGGUAGGGAGACACCCCCUAAACACGACGUUACGUUUGUCCUUCGGAGUUGGAGCGUAAUUUAAGUUGUAAAGGUGUACAGUAAAAGAUAAACUGUUCUGUUUAGCUCAAGAGUAUUCCAUAUGUGGUCAAUUCUUCUGCCUUCUUAAUUUACGCCUUACACAGAUAAAGACACGACACGGAAUCGCCAUUUUUUCUCCCUUCUGUGUUUGCCUCUAGCCCUUUCAUGUGGCAUUAGUAAAUCUCUUUCUUUAGGUGAAUGUAAAAAUGACUCAAGAGCAUUAUCGAAUAAUUCUGUUCAUUUGUAAGGAAUUACUUCUUGAGAAUUUCUUCAGGUUUAUGGAGUCAACCCCACCAGCGCCAUAAGCGAAGUUUGCCGCUUUUAUCUUCGGGCGCUCUUUUUGGACAGCUGAACGAUUGGGCACUGAGACGCAAAUUUCAUCUUCUCUCUGCAGUGUAGUGGAAGUCAUAAAACAAAUAGAGCCAGGAUCAGUAAUGCCUACAGCGAAGCCUCGACUUCAAAGUGAAGUGUACCCUCCGAAGUCAUGUAAUUCUAACCGAGAAGAGGGCAACAGUGUAACAGGUUAUUGGUCAUCUUUCUGUAUGUUUUUAACUGCUCUAUGGGCUGAUGGUAAAGUUAUCUGUGUUUUGUUGAGAUUUUAACCAUGCUGUCUAUUAAAAUAUAUUCAAUUUCAUUUUUCCAAAAUUAUUUUCUCAGUUAUGUUGCCAGUUUUUAAACUUAUGAAGGUCAUAAAAUUUACUGAACUUUAAACACAACCCAAGCAUCCAUUCUCUUCAAUUACCUUAUCUUAGGAAUGGACUGUCAUCUAAAUAGAAUAAGGAAGAUGGUUUUGUUAAAUUCUACCCGCGUUUUCAAUCCUUAACUUUAAGAACUUCAAUUUGAAACUGAACUAUUAGUAAAAAUGACAAACAAACCAAAAAAAACUUGGUAACUACCGGGAUGGCUUUAAGUUGUCAAAACGGAAUUCGAUUUUACAUGAUGUAAAAGUAAAAGACGUUUCACAAUUUAUUGUCUCCUUUUAAAUGGCGCUCUCACUCCACAGAACCCCAAAUUUUGAAAGAUGAAAGGAUAAAAGACUUUCUUAGUGGCCGAGAUGAAUCAUUUUUCUUUCUUUUCAUUCCAGGGACAAUAUCAAAUGUGACCACACCUCUGGUUCCCAUGAACCGUGUUCUUCCCUCUCUCACAGUCCCCUCCAUUACGGUCCCGGCUUGCACACCCAUCAUGAGUCCAACUAUUACGUCACCGCUAUUCCAUCCACACUCUACCUCCCCUGGAGCAACUACGGCUGUGUACCGAGGCUUCCCGUCUUUACGUGAUCACCGUAGUAUGCCUUAUCCCACACAGUAUCUUAGGUACAAUUCAGGACAGCAAAAUGAUGUACCUGGAUAUCAAUCGCCACCAGGAACCAUUUCCAGUCAAUGAUAAAACGCUGACCAAAUGAGGACUCACACGAAUUUUUUAUAACUGAAAAAGCAGUCUAUGGACAGCCUUGGGGGCAAGUUUACUUACACUGCUUGGAACUCCACUGACCUCUGGGAGGUAUAAGAAUGCCGGCUUAGAACUCGCAUCGUCCGAAUAUUACUUAAGAGGCAAAAACAGAGUUCGUUUCUUUGUCUUGACGAAAAAAUUUAAAAGAAAAUUCCUGAAUAAAAAUAUUUUUCUUCCAUUUAACAGAAUGAAAAUAAUUAUUUAAGUACAUUUUUUUAAAUCAGAUUUUUUCAUACAUUGUAUGAAACUUAAAAUUUAUGUCAAGAUUAUUUCAUUCAAUAAUUCUCCAUUUUGACCCAGUCUUCUUUGUAUUCGUUUUGUUCAUGUGAAGUCCUUAGUACGUACAACGAAAGUUUUGCCUCUGGUUGCUCACUUGAGUUUCAUCUGUCAAUGUUACAAUGAAAAGGGCAACUCGAUGCCUCCAUUUAAUACGUUCACGAACUAAGUUCCAGCCCAAAUGAACGAUAAUCAUAAAACACAUGAAAAAAAAGAGAACACACUUUUCGCUUGUUUGCUCAGGGUCUUUACCAAAAGGAAGUUUUCGGAGUUUUAAUCCAAACCAAAAACGGAGCUUUUCGAUAACUCCCUCUUGAAGGGAGACAACGGCGACAUACUGUGGACUUGGGAAACUGUGGUCUUUCGAAAACUUUGUUGUCAAACGGUCACGAGAUCUGUCACUGUCACCUUGAUUCAUUACUGUUUUAAAACUAUUAUGGACCGAACACUUUUAAAUGUUAGCUGUUUAAUCUUAAUUAAAAAAUUAGCCAGAUGAGUGCG